UUCAUCAGUGCGGCGCGCGCGGGGUGUGUGAGCGCUUGGAGACGUAGCGCUGCGCGUGGGUCGCUACGAGAGGUGUGUGCGUCCGUGACACUACUCCACAACACCGAUUAGGCAUCAUAUAUCAACCUACGGCGGGUCACGGAGCAUCGCAUCACUCACCCUGGAAACCAACGCUCUUAAACGGCAUCCGCGCAAUUCUGCCAUUCAAUCCGUUUGAACAGCGCUCAUUCGCGAAUACACCCUGCUCCGGAGGUGGCUUUUAAUACCGGACAAUGACUCUGACCCAUAGCCGGAGAUAGGGAUGGAUCCAAGAGUGUGGAGGAUGCUCGCCCUGCUCGGUGUGUUUGCAGUCUUGCUGGAGGUGAAUGGUGAUGACAACUACCUGAAUGCAGUGCAGAAUACAGUUCCUCUAUCCUGCUCCGAGGGCUUCACUGAGCUGGGUUAUUACAAUGGCACCGUUUCUCAGACCGACUCAGGUUCACCCUGUCUAAAGUGGACUGAAUUCCCAGAUUACGUGCAGCAGUAUCCAGGCAGGGGUCUUGGAGAGCACAAUUUUUGUCGAAAUCCUGACCGUGAGUCCAACCCAUGGUGCUUUUUCAGACAGAGCUCAGGGGCCAUUGGCUGGGCCUACUGCGACUGCCACCAAGGAGCAGUAAGGUUAGCAGGAGGUUCAUCCUCAAAGAGUGGCCGACUGGAGGUCUAUCUGAAUGGCCAGUGGGGGUCGGUUUGUGACACACACUGGACAGACCGUGAUGCCAGUGUGGUUUGCCGACAGCUUGGACUGAGUGAGAUUGGCACGGCUCUCCAGCACUCAUAUUUUGGCCCUGGCUCUGGGCUUUUUCACUACGCCCGCCUUGGCUGCCGUGGUGAUGAGAAAUCCCUGCUGGAGUGCAGGAGCAGGAAGUUUGUUACGAGUGACUGUAACCAUGGAAACGAGGCCGGAGUGGUGUGCGCACCACCUGAAGGUAAUGGACCGCCGCUGCGGUUGGUUGGUGGGGAGGAGGACUUUGAGGGACGAGUUGAGGUCUUCCAUGAUGGGCACUGGGGGACCAUUUGCGAUGAUCAGUGGGAUGACAUGGAUGCUGAGGUGGUCUGCAGGCAGCUCGGACUGGGGGGCAUCCAUAAAGCCUGGUCAUGGGCUCAUUUCGGGCAGGGCAGUGGGCCGAUCCAAUUGGACGCAGUACAGUGCACAGGCAAUGAGCUCUCUCUGGAUGAGUGCCGUCACAGCGGAUGGGAACAACACAACUGUGACCAUAUGGAAGACGCUGGGGUGUCAUGCAAUCCCUAUACAGAUGGCGUGGUGAGACUGGUAGAUGGUGAUAACCCAUGGGAAGGUCGUCUGGAAGUAUAUCACUCCGGGGACUGGGGCACGGUGUGUGAUGACAGCUGGACGGAGCAGCAUGCACAGGUGGUCUGCAGACAGCUGGGAUUCAGGGGCGGUGCGGAGGUUGCCCCCGCUGGCGCGUUUGGAGAAGGAGCAGGGCUGAUUCUGCUGGACGAUGUGGAGUGUGAGGGGAGCGAGAGCUCUUUGCUAGAGUGUACACAUAGUGUGUGGGGUCGACAUGAUUGCUCUCAUAGCGAAGAUGUUGGAAUACGCUGCCACAGGGUAGAAAACAAUGAGGUCCCACUGGCUCCAGAAAGUACUGGGCCUCUGGUACGACUGGCAGGUGGCGACAAUAGAAAAGAAGGCAGAGUGGAGGUGUUUCUUAACGGAGAGUGGGGCAGCAUCUGUGAUCAUGGCUGGAAUGAUGUCAAUGCUGCCGUCGUCUGUAGACAGCUCGGGUUCACUGGGGUGUCAAAAGCACGACCAAUGGGUUAUUUUGGAGCAGGGAAGGGGACCAUCCAUCUGACCAACGUAAGGUGCACUGGGAAGGAGUCGUUCCUCGGAGAGUGCCCUUCUAAAGGACAAGACAGCCACGCUUGUAAGCAUGGACAGGAUGCAGGUGUAGUGUGUGAUUAUUUGCCGGAGCCAGAGGCUGACAUAGCAGUGGUGGGCACACACACCUGCGGUUUGAGAGCCGGCGCUGAGAGACGCAGCAAGAGGAUUGUCGGAGGAUAUAAAUCUCUCAGGGGCGACUGGCCUUGGCAGGCGUCCCUGUGGCUCAGAUCACAAUCUAAAGGGAAUCAGCCUCUGUGUGGAGCCACUCUCAUAAACUCCUGCUGGCUGCUCACUGCAGCGCACUGCUUCAAACGGUUUGGAAGUGAUGCUUCACGGUAUGUGGUGAAGCUCGGGGAUUAUCACAUGAAGGAGCAGGAUGAUUUUGAACGUGUCCUCUCUCCAGAGGGCAUAGAAGUGCACAGGAAGUACCGAACGGAGAGCUGGGAGCAUGAUGUGGCUCUGAUCCGACUGAAGGGCUCCGAGGGGAAGUGCGUGUCCUUUAACCCUCAUACUAACGCCGCCUGUCUGCCUGCACCUGGCAGUAAGUGGGGCAAGAGACCUGCGUCAUGUGUCAUCACUGGCUGGGGAAUGACAGACACUGAGCAUCCCAGCACUCUUCUUCAGGCCUGGGUUCCUCUUCUGCCCUCGUGGCAAUGUAAGAAGCGUUAUGGCGAGCGUUUCACUAGCCACGACAUGCUGUGUGCUGGCAGUAUGACGUCUGACCUCAGAAAGCAUGCUGACAGCUGCCAGGGCGACAGCGGGGGUCCGCUAGUGUGUCAGGGCGAGGCUGGGCGCUGGGUACUGACAGGGGUCAUUUCCUGGGGUCACGGCUGCGGUGACCCCUCGUACCCAGGUGUGUAUUCACGGGUCAGCCGUUACCUGCCCUGGAUCGAACAGGUGACGCACAGCACCGCCCCUCUCCAGCACUGAAGCACCAACCACUUUCUCUGAAAACCACCCUCCCCAUCACGCUUCAGGACUCUAUGACAGGAAAAACAAGAUCCUGAGAGUGUUUGACACCUGCUAUAAGCUUUCAACACCCUGGAUCUUAAUUCCUCUGUAUUCUAUCUGUACAAUUCAAUUUUAUGUCUUUAGCAUUUAGAGAUUAGGAUCUUUCCAUACUCGCAGACAUUUUCGGGUGAACUGGCUCUUUAAAAGUGUGUGAUUCUACUGUGCAUUUAAAAUGUUUGUCGUGCCAUCCAGAGGCUGCAGUGCAUGUCAAUGUAUGUAUCGUAUUUAAAAGCCAUUCGAUGCAGCUGCCCAGGCCUUCUGCAUGGUAGAGAAUGGUAGCAUAAGCUCUGCAAAAGCAGGUUUAUUUCUUAUUCUGUGGGGCGGAAGAAAACAGAAUGGAUUCCUCUACUAUCCUUAUUUAACAGAAGGCUUGAAUUGCACCUCCAAUCUCCGAGGAAACAUUUUCAGUGUUGUGGAUUAGACAAGUAAAAUGAAUCACGUAGGUUUUUUAGAUAGCGACAGUCGAAGUGAGCUUUAAAGCCAUGUGUCUUCUAUGUGUGUCAUACAUCUAAUGCAGUUAGAAGUUUUGAUUUUUAAUCAUGUACAGUAAAUCAUGAUAUUUAAAGCAUUGGUUUACUGUAUCAGUACUGAUGCACACAGCUCUUAAAGAUAAAUGACUCAGUAUGUUGUUUUGUUUUGUCUCAGUCUUAGUAGACGUUUUAGGGCAUAAAUGGCAUUUUAAAUUCAUAAUAGUGAAUAACCUAAUGUGACUUUUCUCUUAUUUGUCAUGGUGAUUUACAAUACAAUGUGUGUCUUUAUGUAAAUGCAGUAUAACAAUUGAUAAUGGGUUUUGUCCGUGCAAAGGGUAAAAUCGAGGAGUUUCUCAUUUCUAAUGCAUAGAAAGAACAAGUUUGGGACAGUGACUAUAUUUUGGUUGACAGUCAGCUUAAUGAGAUUUUAUUUUGUAGCAUCUCUUACUGUUCCUUUACUUUGUUCUGUAAACUGCGUGUUUUCAUCCAGUGGGUGGCGAUAUUGUGUUUUUUUUUACUCAGUUCUGUUCUGUGCACUACCUAGAAAAGAUUCUUCAGUCCGUUUCAUAUUUUAAACCCCUUCUGACUGUUUCUUCAUCAAAAUUUCAGAACAGAAUUUCAGUGAUAUUCAUGCAAAUAAUGGUACAUUUUGUAUUUCACCUGCAGAGAAAAAUGUAAGUAACAAGGGCUCUUUAAAACUGGUCAUUAAGAAAGGCUAUAGGCAAAUAUAAAUAGGAAGUGACAUCACAGAUGAUGAUGAUGCAUGGCAGAGAAUGUAAAAGCCAAGUGCUUCAAAUACAUUCAAAUUUGUAAAUCCAGUUUGAUUAAAGUGAUUGCACAUUUGGACUUGAACUAUUUCUAGUUGUGUAAAAUAUAAAUGGCUGGGGCGAACGUAUUAUGGCAUUUAAAAACUCUAUACAUUACUUAGGUAUAUCUCAUUGGCUAAAAGUUUGCUCUAUUGAUGCCACAAAUAAGAAUCGCUCCCUAAAACACUUACUCAGUUUACUGCAAGAUUUGAAAUAAAAGCCAGUCCUUAACAUUAAAAAAUUAUAUUCAGCCUGCUUCAUAAUUAAUGCAUAUUGUCUUACAAAUUCUUCUAAUAAUCUGGUAUUGCCUGCUAAAUUAGUUAACAGGCAUAUAUUAUUCGUGUGUUCUUAAUGUAAGUGGAACCAUGCCUUCCGAUGGGCCUGCAUACUUCUACAGCAUUAUAUUGCUAUAAAACCAUUAGGCCUACACAUUCAUAGUGGAUUCUCAAGAAAAAAAGAACUGUUUGGUUUAGAUCUCAAAGCACUAUUUUUUUUUGCUUAGUAUGUCUUGUAGGUACAUUCUGGAGAUGUAUUAAAUGCAAACUGGAC